AUGAGUUGGACAAGAUUUUUAAAAGUGUCUAGUGGUAUAGGUGCAACAGUUGCAACUUUUUCUGUCGGAAGAAAAGACUUGUAUUUGUUAGCUGAAUCGGAAGGUGAAGAGGUUGCAAGGAGUGGGCAAAUUGAUCCUCUAUCCAAUAUGCAACUAAAACACGUUCAAGUAUAUUUUAGACAUGGUGCUAGAACUCCAAUUCACAUUAUUCCUGUUCUUGGUGAGGUAACAUAUGAUGCUAGUCUGUUAAGAGAUUUACAACAUACUUUAUUUGACUAUAAGGUAUCAUUAGUUGGCAAGGAUAAUAAAUCCAGACCUAUUUCUAGAAUUCAAAGAAGCUAUGAGAGCAAACCAAAAUUGAAGGGUGGAGCAGUAUUAGGUAGUUUAACUACUACAGGACAAGAUCAAAUGUUUUCAUUGGGUCAAUCUUUACGGAGAGAUUAUAGAUCAUUUUUAGAUAGACAAUUUAAACCACAACAAGUUUAUAUGCAGUCUACCAAUAUAGAUCGUACUAUAGCUUCAUUAAGAUGUGUAUUAGCUGGUCCUAUCAGUAUCCCAGUUAGUGAUGAUAUGGAAGAAAUCUUAUUUCCUAAUGGUCAAAACUGUCCUGUGGUCAGAAAGAUUGUCCAUGCAGCAAUGAUACAUUUUGAUGAUAUAUCUGGUAUAGCUGAAGAUAGAGAAUUUAUAGAAGAAGCUCUAGAUAUACAACACAGUAAAGGGUUUAGAAAAUUAAAUUUCAUACAUAUACGAGAUGAUUUGAUAGCUAGAGAGGUACAUGGCUAUCAAAUACCACCUAGUGUCCAACCUCAUAUGGAUAUUAUAGAGAAAAAUGCUAUUAAAAUAAUGUAUCAUGCUUUUAGUGGACAGAGAGAUUGUGAAAGAGAUACAGCUUUAAGAUUAACUGUUGGUUUACCAGUCACCAUGAAUGUUGAUAAAAUGGAAGAUGUCAUAAAUGGAAAGAGUAAAGAACAGAUUUGCCUAUAUUCUACUCAUGAUUCAACACUAGUUGCUUUAUUAUGUUCAUUAGAUAUAUUUGAUCAUCAAUGGCCACCUUUUGCUGCUGAUGUCAGGUUUGAACUGUAUCAAGAUAACAAGGGAAAAUAUUGGGUUAGAGUAUUAUAUUUAGGAAAGGAACAAAAAAUUAGAGGCUGUAAUAAGACAUUAGUACCAUUUGAGGAAUUUAAGAAGAAUAUGAAACCUAUGACUAUAAAGAAAGAACAUUAUCUUGAAAUAUGUAACUCUAAUAUAUUAGAACAAAUAGGCAAAGAAUUAUUGGUGCAUGAAAAAGAUGAAGUGGAAGAUGAAGAAGACAAAGAAGAUUCAGAAAAACCUGCAGGAAUGUAG